AUGCUUAUUGAUGUGUACGGGACGUGUGUAUGUCCCCAUUUUUCCCGAGUUAUUGCUCCGCUUGGAGCUAGGAAAGAAGCUAACCGACUGGAUUCAUCGGCACAAGAGUCUCGUCGGUAUGAAAAGACGAGACGCAGCCGAGAGUUGUGCUCAGAUGGACGUGUUGUGCUGCCUGGCUUCGAGCUGGCGGUCUCCAAGGAGAAGCCACCCAAGGCAGUGAACUUGCGUCUCUCUGUACCGUCAGACUUCAAGGCAUAUCACCGCUUUGCCGACGAAGAUCAGGUUGACGCUGUGACAACUCUAAAUACCCGACAACCCUUGAAGAAAGGCAGUGGUGAUGACCUCCACCACUGCCUUUCACCAAUGACUGUCGGGUUUCGGGCUACUAUCUCUGCGUCUAUUGCAAAGAGAUUUGUGUCGUCAAAAUCGACUUUGGACGAGGAUAAAAAUGACGCAAUUAUUCCUGAACAACCUCAAGCUACGCUGUCGCGGAGGUCGCAGAGUUUGUGGAUUCCCAAGUCACUUCUGUGCAAACGCUUCCACGUUAAGUGUGCCGGACCCACAGGAUCUAGCGGAAAGGGUGAUGAAGACGAUAAAAAGCCAGACUUGUUUGAUAAGGAGAUUGUUCCGCAUUUGAUGGAAUUUGCAGCCGAUCGAGCUGCUCAACGGCAGUCAAAGGCUAGUGCAGAGGAAGAAAAGAAGAAGCGCAAAAAACAUAAGAAACACCACAAACACCGCUCGUCGCGAGACGAUAAGGACAAGAAAAAGGACAAAAAAGACCGAAAGUCGGAUAAACAUCGCUCGUCGCGGCACUCAAGGCGACGUCGAAGUCGGAGUGCGGAACGAAAUUCUCGUAGUAGACGGCACUGA